UGUAUGUGAAAUGGUUUGAUACAGUAAUGUUAUACUAUGAGAUUUUAGUGAAUUUAGUGAAUGUCACUUUUACAACUUUCAAAUUUCCCGCCAGUUCUGUCCCCGUAUGUCCCGACGUCGCAGGGAAUGGAACCCAGAAAACAGAUGCUGGCAUCCGCCGGAGGACAUUGCCGGGGACACUGCAGGAGGGACAUCGUGGGAGCGCAGGACAAGGUAAGUGAAGAAGAGAUCCUGGAUCAACGCUGCAGGGUAUUCCCGAGUGUAGCUCGGGAUUACCGCUUGUGCUACACUCGGGAAUACCGCCAGGGAGGU